UAACUUACCGCAUGGGUUUCCGUGUGUUGUGUUGACAGUUGCACCAAGGAGGAUAACCUCAAGUAAUCCUUAAUUUAGGCACAUAAGUAUGUUAUUUAUGUCUGCUAUGGUUGAUCAUUUCUAUACAGCAACCAGGAGCGGACCAAAAUACACAGGCGAAACUGUUUUUCUUGCGAUAAACCGUAUUACAUCUUCUGCAGUUCUCUCAUUUGUCAUUUAUAAUUUGCCAGACGAUGGAAGAUACUAAUAAGGUUGUGGAAUCCACUCAAAGCGAUGAAGACGACCUGCCACCGGGUCAGUCUUCUUCAGUCAUUCUUGAGAACCCUACUUCUGAAACGAUCAAGGAAAUAUCGACAUAUUUUCAGGCUUCGCAAUGUAUGCUUGGUAACUCUUCAGAAGAAUCCCUGGUCACGGCCGCCGACAGUGAAUCGAUCGAACAUCCAAUCCUUACUCAAGUCCCGGUGUCACGGGCGCGCCGAUAUCGUCGAAGUACACGGUCAGAAGCCACAACAGCCAGUGAAGAAAGUGGAGGUGAAAGUGCAUCGUCCGUUUCUCAGCCAGCCCGCUCCUCUGCCAGGAGGAAGAAUCUCAAGGGGAGGAAAAAGGGGGCAUUCCAAGCAUUUCGCUCCCCCUUCUUCGAAGGGAGUAGUUUCAAUACAAUCUUGCCUUCAUUGAAGAUACAACCUUUUUCAAACAUCCAGCAAGAGGCUAAAGUUAAGACCUCCGCUGUCGGAGGCUUCUUCAAAUGCAUCCGGUUGUGGCACAGAGUUAACCUAAAACGAUAUGUCCGAGCGACUUGUUUACCGGCUCUUUACAUGGAUGCGGAUGAAUCAUUGUCGCCCUUGUCUGAGGGGAACGAUACAUCGGAUGAGGAAGGCAUCAAAGUUGUGUCGAAUGAUUUCUUCGUUAAAUCGAGGAAAGGCCAGUGCCCUCAGGGGCGUGCUCCAGCUAAAGGAGUAAGGGGAAGUUGUACUGGGCCUGUUGAGGAACCUGGAUCUCAAGCCAAGACUGGAAGAACAGGUGACGGAGCUAAAAGAGCAAGAGGACCUGGCACUCAGCCUGUCGAUGGAACAGGCUCUCGUGCCACGCUAAGAAGGACGAGUCCCCGAACUAAAGGAGUAAGAGGACUUGGAGCUCAGCCCGUCGAUGGAACCGGAUCUCAUGACAAGAACGGACCCAGUUCCUCACCACACCCUGGUCCACCAGGGGAGGAGUGGAGCAGGGCGUCAUCCCAACCCGAAGAUCAUCUAGGCUUUGAGUCUGCAGCAGGCUAUGGCGCCAUGGUAGAGGAGUCCAGCGGGCAGGUCUCGGAGAAGGACCCCACCUCAGACGUUACACCUGUACAACAGGUAACCCCUCCUCCUGAAAUGCCGUGCACAGGCGACAACAUCAGUGCUGGCAACAGACAACCCGAUGUGGUGAGGGAUAGCGUUUGUAGGAGUCCUGAUCUGAGUAAAACAAAGACGUGUGAGACUAACGAGAGCAAGAAAAUAAUUAGUGAGAGAGUUGAGGUAGCGGUUGAGUGCGCUCCUGGCGUGCCCGACGAACAUGAAAACAACACUGAUGAGCAGCAUAGGAAAAGGAAAGGGAGGAAAAAAGAAAAGGGAGGUAAAUUCACAGAGGAAGAGGGAAACAACAUUUCAUUAGAUGGGCCAGGCCAGGCUUCACAGCCAACGUCAGGCUCCGACAUGAUCAUCAACAACGACCAAAACUUAAAUCCCUUAGGGGACCAGUUUGAAGAUCUAUGGAGAAGGAAAAAAAUAAGCAAGAAGAAGAAACCGAAUACAGAUGGUGUUAUUACAGAGGGAGAGGUCAACGUUGUGGACACAGCUUCUACUGACGAGACCAGUACACUGACUGAACCAACCGCAGUAGGGUUUAAAAAACAAAGAAGGAAAAAGGACAAGAUGGUCCCCUGUUCAGAAGACCCUGAACCCAUCCCAGCGUCAGGGUACACUGAGGCUGGGAACCCUUUCAAACACCCUGCAGACAGGGGAGUCGCUUUGGAGGAUGACACUUCAGAGGCUUCCGAUUUUUCACAGAGAACGUUGGGGUCCGCCAUGGGCAUCGACAACGAUGACGUUGUUUUGGAGCACACAAGAAGAAAGAAGAAGAAAAAGGAAAAGAAACGUAAAGUAACAGAGGACGAGGAAAUCCACAUGUCUUUAGAGGGGCCAUGUCCUGCCUUAGAGACUUCUGAUAUUUCACAGUCAGGGUCAGCCAUGACCACCAACAACGAUGAUGACGAUCAGCACAGGAAAAGGAAAAAGAGGAAAAAGGAAAAGAAAUGUAGAGUCCCAGAGGACGAGGAAAUCAACAUGUCUUUAGAUGGACCCUGUCCUGCCUUAGAGACUUCUGAUAUUUCACGGCUAACGUCAGAGUCAGCCAUGACCAUCAACAACAACGAUGACGAUGAGGAGCACAGGAAAAGAAAAAAGAGGAAAAAGGAAAAGAAACCUAGAUUCCCAGAGGAGGAGGAAAUUGAUGUAUCAUUAGACGGGCCAUGCCCUGCUGUAGAGCCUUCCGAUGUUUCACAGGGUACCUCAGACUCAGGCACGACCAUCAACAACAACUGUGACGAUGAGGAGCACAGGAAAACAAAAAAGAGGAAAAAGGAAAAUAAACGUAAAGUCGCAUCAGGGGAGGAAACAAACAUUCCAUUAGAUGCGCCUUGCCCUGCUCUAGAGACUUUUGAUGUUUGCAAGAGAACAUCAGAGUCCACCAUGACCAUCAACAUCAACCAUAGCUUAGACUGUGCAGGUGACCAGUUAGAAGAUAUGUUGAUACCAAGGAAAAAGAGCAAGAAGAAGAAAUCGAGGACAAAUGGUGUCGUUACAGAGGGAGAGUUGAACGUUGCAGACGCAGCUUCUACUCACGAGACCAGUACUCUGGCUGAAACUACAGCAGGGUUUAAAAAAGGGAAAAGUAAAAAGGACAAGAUUGCCCCCUGCCGUGAAGACCCUGAAACAAACAUUCCAUUAGAUGCGCCUUGCCCUGCUCUAGAGACUUUUGAUGUUUCCAAGAGAACAUCAGAGUCCACCAUGACCAUCAACAGCAACCAUAGCUUAGACUGUGCAGGUGACCAGUUAGAAGAUAUGUUGAUACCAAGGAAAAAGAGCAAGAAGAAGAAAUCGAGGACAAAUGGUGUCGUUACAGAGGGAGAGUUGAACGUUGCAGACGCAGCUUCUACUCACGAGACCAGUACUCUGGCUGAAACUACAGCAGGGUUUAAAAAAGGGAAAAGUAAAAAGGACAAGAUUGCCCCCUGCCGUGAAGACCCUGAAACCAACCUAGAGGCAGAUAACAUGGAGAGUGAGCACUUCUCUUUCAAACACCCUGCAGACGGAGAGGUUGAAUGUCAGAGGAAGAAACGCAGGAAGCAGAAAAUGUCUGAAACAACUCGACACGCAAUCUGUGAGGACACACUAGUCAGGGGCAGCAGCUUGACUUCUGCGUGUGAAAAAACAAGGAAGCGGCACCAUUCGUUCCUUAGUGAUGACGCGAUGGAAAAUCCCCCCAAAACAAACAAAAUCAGCACUUGUGACGUUGACACAGAACCUGUUGAAAAUGGUGAAACACUGAUGGAGUCUCUAAUAGCCAAGACAAAAAAGAAAAAAAAGUGUGAGGGCAGCGUGCUGAAUGUUAGGAGCUCAGCAGAAACUGGCAAUGACACAGUGAGGAAGAAGAAGAUGAAAGAUAAGGCGGACAGGGAGUCAGAAUCACCUGUGGUGGUGGAUAGGGAGACUCCAGGCGAUAUUGAGACCACUGUACUGAUAAAGAAGAAGAAAUGUAAAAAGAACACUCGCCCCCCUUCUCAAGGGAGCACCCCGGCUGAAGCACGAGAUGAAUCGGGGGUAACCACGCCGACCGUCGCCGUCUCACCCCGACGAUGUUCAUCCGUAGUGGACACAGACGUCACACAAGCCGGCAACGCGGCAAUUCCUAACGAUGGCGCUACCGUGAAGAAGAAAACGGGCAGGAAGAGCCAGAAGAAUACAAGCGGAGUCGGGACAUGGGACUCAGACGUGCCAGAACAGAACAUAAGAACCACCACUGAACCGAUGCCACACUGGACCCCGGAAACAGAAUCUCGUUUGAAAAAGAAGAAAAACAAAAAGGAUAGGAGGGUAAUGGACCGGAUUGAGGCAGCCGCUGACCCCGGGGCGAUAGAGGCCCAGCACUCGGGUCACGAGGCAGAGGUUACGUCACAAGACGCCGUGCCGCCAGAGAGCCGGACACAGAAUCAUCAUGAAUCAAGUUCUCCCAGGCGUUAUAAGAAAAAGGCCCUCAAGAGGAAGCCUCUCUUUAAUCAAGGGCAGGACUUUCUCGACACAGAACCAAUAUUGACAUGAGAGGUUUAUGUUGGUUUCUGUUCCCAGAAUAUGGACCCAUCUUUGUGGAGUGAUGUGCUCUGGUUUUGUGAUUUCAAGACUCUACUCGAUUCUUAUGUUUGCGUCACAUUCAGAGCUCCUCACUUCACUAAAUGUUCACUUUCUUUGUAUUGCUUUUUUAUUAUUAUUUGCAGUGUCAAGACUCUACUCGAUUCUUAUGUUUGCGUCACAUUCAGAGCUCCUCACUAAAGGUCUUUAUUUUAUAAAUGUUUAUUUUAGGGUAACCUUUCAUUGAAUUCCUUCAGCUUUAUUUAAUGAAUAAAAGCUCUAUAUUUGAGCGCACGUCAAGUAGGUAGGUGAAAGAAAUGACCAUGCAUAUGCGUACCAUGAGUAUUCUCACAUAAUUUGCUGAAAAUGUAUUCCAUGUACUGUGUACUGCCUAUUUAUUACUGUACUGUAUUUAUUUAUGCUGUGGAGUGUUUUAUACUGUGCAACGUCUAUUUUUAAUGUGUUGCCAGGUUGCUGACGACAAAUUUCCAUUUUAUGAAAAAUUGAAUUGAGAAUAAUGAUUUCUUGUCUUAUUUUUCUUAUAUUUUCUGAGACUACACAGCCAUUAACCAAUGUGCUACAGCCUACUUUUCAAAAAGCUUCACUUUGGAUUAAAGGCCUACGUCCAUUUCCUUUUAAAAACCAUAAUCAUGCUAGAAUUUAAUGGUAGACCUAACUGAAUCAGUAGGUCAGGGUGAGCAUUUAAAUAUUUUUUUCAUAUUAGAAGCGAAAAGACAAUCGAUACUUUUGUUUAAUUACAUUAGGAAAUAUUUUUUUGGAUAUUGAAAUUUCAAUUAUUUUUUUGUAUGAAGAUACAUUAGCUACAGGAUGGCAAGAAUGCCAAUAUCAGCUGUCAUAAUAUUUAAACAGUGUUAUUUGGAUGCAUCAGCGAAUGGGAAAGAGGGGGCGGGACAGAGGGAAUGGGCGUACACCAAAGCACAGCUCCGAUCCCGAGCACAACAGUGUUAUGUGCUACGAGUGGCCAUAAUCGCCCAGCGGCCGAAUUAUGUAAGUGUAUAGUAGGACUUCUCUCACAGUAGCGUCUAAGAAACGACAGCACAGCUUUUUACUCCGCCAGUGCGGGAGUUCCACUAAAUUGUAUUUUACCAACGAACUAUUUUGUCCUCAAAUAAUGUCUUCAAAUAACGUGGCCAGCUUCAAUGAGGCAAGAAGAGUCGCUAUAUUCGGAGGUACACAUGGAAAUGAAAUGUCCGGAGUGACACUUGUAAACCUAUGGAUGAUGAACAGCAGAGAAGAGAUACAGAGGAAGGGUGUCGAAACGCAACCCUUCAUCACCAACCCAAAGGCAGUGGAGAAAUGCUCCAGAUACGUGGAUACAGAUCUCAACCGGGCAUUUACAACAGAGAAUCUCAGCGCCCCAAAUGGGAAGGAUUUGCCCUACGAGGUGCAAAGAGCCCAGGAAAUUAACAGGCUGUUCGGACCUAAAGGAAGCUCGGAGGCCUACGAUGUGAUCUUUGACCUCCACAACACCACCUCCAACAUGGGCUGUACGCUCAUACUGGAAAGCUCCAAAGACCACUUCAACCUGCAGAUGAUGAACUACAUCAAGAAGGCCAUCGCACCAGACAGCUGUCCCGUACUGCUGAACGAAGACCCGGGCCUGAAGUACGCCACAGCCCGAUCUGUGGCCAAACACUCUGUCGGUUUGGAGGUAGGCCCUCAACCUCAAGGUGUUCUGAGGAGCAACAUCUUUGAAGCCAUGAGGAUCAUAUUGAAACACGCCCUGGACUUUAUUGAAUUAUUUAAUGAAGGUGUUGAAUUCCCUCCGUGCACAGUAGAUGUCUUCAAAGUCUCUGAAAGGAUGGAUUACCCCAGAGACGCCAAUGGCAACAUUAUCGCCAUGGUUCACCCCAAUCUACAGGACUGUGACUGGGAGCCUCUGACCCCGGGCGACCCAAUGUUCCAAACCUUUGACGGCAAGACCAUUCCCUACGAGGGGGCGGGCGCCGUGUACCCCACCUUCAUCAAUGAGGCGGCUUAUUAUGAGAAGCAGCAGGCCUUCGUGACCACGAGAAGAGAAACGUUGGCCGCCAACGCCAUCAGAAAAGUGUAAAAGAAAAACCUGUGGUUUCAUGCUAAUCGGAUUGAGGCAGCAUGAAAACUUUGGUGUUUGGAGAUUUGAAAUAUACUAAGCAAUAAUUUUUUGAUUUUAAAUGUUUUAUUUCCUCCUUGUUUUUUUUUUAAAUGAUAUAUGUGUGUGUGUGUCUGUGUGUUUUUCAUCGUUAUAAUCUUGACAGAAAAGUUUCAUCGCUCCUGUCUAAUUUUGCUAUGCAUUUCUUGCAAAGAGCACUAAUUAACUAUGCAACAAACCCGAGGGAUGUGUUGAUUAGGUCCUUUUGUAAAAGGGUUUGAAGUUCAGACUACAUUGUCGUGGUAACUAUUUAUGCUACUAUUGUUAUUUGCACAUGAUUUCCAUUUUAGAAAAAGUGAUUAGUGUCAAAUUCUUUCGCCAUUGUCAUUGUGAUGAAUGACUGAGUAAUCAUACACUGCCGCUGAUCUAUUUCUAAUUUAUAUUAAUGCUUUAUUUCCAUAACUGCUCAGGAAGGCCAUUUGUGAACCUACAUUUUGACCACUGGCUUAAAAGUGUGAACUCGAAAUUGGUACGUUUUUGUGGCCUUCAACUGCAAUAGCAACUUUUAAACCUCCAAAAGAUAACCCUAGGGUUUGCAUCUAUGGUUCUAUCCUAUUGUUGCCUUAAUAGAGAUUUAAAUGUGUUAGUAUAGUGUCGUAUGUUGUAACCAUUUGUAAAGUAUAUGUUUAUUUCAGUGAGCAACUGGGAUGCACAAUUCUAUACCAUAUUUUUAUGAUGUUUGUUAUUUUGAAAUACUAGUGUAUUGGAUGUUAAACAGGGAAGAUGUAUGUAAUUUUUGACCUAAUAUGUUUUUCCUGUGUUGUCUGUUGUCUGUUGAAGAUUUUCAAUGUAAUUUAGUAGUAAAUCUAUUUUCUGUAGGCAUUACUUUGAGUAAUAUGCCUUUUAAAUAUUCUAACUUUUCUGAAUCCUGAAUUUGAUAUGAUCAAUAAAUCAAACAACAUGCUACACUUGACUAAAAAUCUUGACAGUUUUGCGAAUAUAUAAUUUCUUCUAUAGCCACAAGAGGGCAACACACUCCCACUAAUACAAUGAAUUCAGUCAGCGUUACAAUUGCUCUAGUCUAUGCAAUGCCUUUCUCAAUAGACUCCACUUUACAUUGCAGAAUAGAAGCGAAGACCUC